CCCCUCUCUCUCUCUCUCUUUCUCUCUCUCUCAGCAAGCAUCAGUCAGACAUUCACUCUCUGAGUCGUCAGGUUUUAUCUCUCUCCUCCUCUUCUCUUGUUAUGACCCAUUUCAGGAGCGACUGCCACCGAGACAGACUUUUCUUUUUUUCCAGACACCGGGAUGAACGGCGAGCUGAGACCCAGUCGCACCACGCCAGCCAAGAGAGGAAGCAGCGCCCCGGACAGAUCUGACUAUGAGACGGAGUUUGACAGAUACCCUGACGACCACUAUACCAGGGUGUUUGACUACCAGCGUGUCCCCUCCUCGGUCCCGGUGGAUCCCAGUCCGAUCAAACGGUCCCGCCCUUCAUCUUCCUCCUCCUCGUCCUCCUCCACAGCAGCUCUGAGGAUGAAGAGAGCAUCCAGCAGGAGCAACAACACACACACCUCCUCCUCCAACAGCAAAUUGAAGAUGGCGGAGCUACUCGCCAUAAAAAGGGAACUGACAGUGAUCAAGGUUCAGAUCGACGGCCUGCUGGACUGUGUGGACAAGAUGGACCGACAGAGGAAGGACCGCUCAGAGUGUCCAGUGUCCAGAGAGUCGAGUGUUUCUCCUCACAGAGGUUCAGUCAGCAGUCUGGAGCGAGAAAGUCCAGAACCGGGAGAGGCCAGCGAGGACGAGCCCCUUCAGUACCAGCACUACUACCACCACAGCUACCCCCACAGGAUAAAGCAUCAGUCUGACCUGGAGGACGAUCUGUGAUACUGCGACUCAGAUCUCUCCAGAAACAGAAACUCGGAUCGGUAACAGCUGGGAUGGAAGAUGCUUUAAGGAGGCGUUGGCAACAUGAACUGCGUUGGACUGACUCGCCUCCACUCCUGAAAUCUGUCUGUUACUGUCAGUCGAUUUUUAUUCUCCACUUCUGGUUUCCAACACAAACCCCAAUGUGUUCCUGGUACAUCGCUGACUCUGGUCCUCCAUACUGACACAUGGGAAAAUAUAUGUUUCUAUAAAAUGCUGUACUGGUGGUUUUGCAUAGUUUUUAGAUUGUUUACUACAUUUUCAGGCAGCCAUUGAUUUCAAUGACAGUAAUUGCAGAAUGAUAUAAAAAUGUAAAUUGCGGAGACUUGAGACUUUAUGCAGACAAAUAAUCACAGUGAGCAAUUUAUUAGAUUUUAUGUUAUUGGUAAUAGUGUACCUGUUGAAAAAAUAUAAUUCAUGAGCUAUAUUUGGCAGAUUUUUGGCCCUUUUCCUGUUAUAUUAUAUGUAUUACAAAAUUACCUUUACUAAAAAAGGUAAUAUUGGGCCCAUUUAUCACCCUAACCUUGCGGCCGAUAUGGGACUCGGCUCUGAUUCAUGUUAAUAAAGUCAGCAGCUGGCAGCUCCUUAUCACACAGUUUAUUUUCAUCAGUUGUGUUGUCAUUAUGUGUAACCAGACGUGUACAGGACCGAGUUAUGGUGCUGUGGUAAAGGCUCAGUGAGCACGGUUUUAUUACUCUCUGGGUGAAAGUCAUAAAGUGAUAUAUAGACUCUGACAAUUUCCUGAAAUGUGCAUUAACUCUGAGUAAAAAUUGCACGUAGUGGAUAUAAAUGGGGAAGAUUCCAUUUUUCCACCAACAGAUCAGUUCAGCAGAUUAAACUGUUUGGUUCAGGUAAGAUGGUCCAAAAAGUCAAGUCAGAUGUUAUUUAUAUUGCCCAAAAUCACAAAUCACAAUUUUCCUCAAGGGGCUUUACAAUCUGUACAACGUUCAACGCCCUCUGUCCUUAGACCUUUUGAUUUGGGUGAGGAAAAACUCCCCCAAAAUCCCCUUUUAAUGCGGAAUAAACCUCAGAAAGAGCCAAUGGGGAGGGACAGAUACUAACAGUUCAGUGGCUAAAACAGUUCUCUACAUGUAAGCUAAGGAACAGUUUACCUACAUUAACAGCUGGUUAUAGUUAGUUUACGGAUCAAUUUAGCAGAUAAAAAAAAAUUAUGCAGGCUAGCACUUAAAACAGCUUUAUCCGGGUUAGCAUUAGGUUUUAGUUUGUUCAAUCAAUGAGCUCCACUCCCAGGAGAGUGGUCUGAUUGGAAGAGCAUUUUCCCAGGCAGGGAACCCAAACCUUUGAUACCUUUUACAGCAUGAAAACAGUGUGUUUAUUGUGAAGCAUUCCUGUGGAGGUCCAUUCAGUGAGCAACUCUGCAGUAUUGUGUUUGAGUUUGCAUUACAAAUGUGUUUUAACUUGAAUGUUGGAUAUACUAUUUGUUUCUCUUUUCCUUUGCUUGUUGUCAGAAUGGAAGUUAAUUUACAAUGACACGCUUUUGGCCACAGAAAUGAAUGUUGUUGACCAAAGUCUCGGCCAGAUUCCCCCAAUUUUUGCAUUAAUGUUCCUGCUCCCCAGAACACGAAUUAUUGAUGCCUAUCCCGUUUGAGUGUUUACACCACGUCUUUCUAUCACAGUAGUCCAAUAUCAUACGACUUGUGCUGCCUACGUCAUAUUUUAGUUGCAUUUUAUGACAUGAGUUUGGGUGAUUUUAGUUUUUACGGAGAGCAAAACUGAGCCAGAUGCUUUAGCAUGUUUAUCCAGCUGGACAAUGUGGACAACUGUGACUGUAAAUAUGUUAUGUCUUUAAAAUAUGUAUGUGUACAGUAGUGGUUCUUUAUACUUUACAUUAUUUCAAUGUUUUAAUAAGAAAUCCUGUAACUGCAGGAACAGAAACGUCAUUUGGCUUCACUGUAGUUUCUGCUGUUGGUGUUUUUGUCCUCAGUGAUAAAUGUAAUCUGUUUUAUUGUGAGUGUAGUAAAAGUAUUUUUCAUAAAA